UGCUCCAACCCCCAUACACACAUACACGUACACACGCUUGUGUGUUUUUGCAUGAAUCACAGUGCCCUAAAAGGAUGUUCUUUUCAAGAAUGAGGGACCAUGGAGGACUGGACAAGGCCUUCGAGAAGGAGCUGAAGUCCUGCUGUGCGCAGGAGGGUAAUUUCCUUCCCAACAAGUCUGGUUUGAAGAUGAUGGAGUCCUCUGAGAGCGCCGUGUCGGCCAAAUGCAGGGACGCCAAAGUGGAGGAGCUGUGGGGUUUGACCAGCUUCUUCGGCUACAGCACGCAAACAUUUGUUCGAGCCGUCAAUCUGUUCGAUCGAUUUCUUUCACUCAUCAAGACUCAACCCAAACACGUGCCGUGCGUGUCCGUGUGCUGCCUCCACUUGGCGGCCGGUGCGACGGAGGAGGCCAAAGACGUGGCGCCCGGCCGGGAACUCAUCCGCAUCAGCCACAGCAAGUUCACCGCGUCAGAACUGUGCCACAUGGAGACCGUCGUGGCCCAGAAGCUUGGUCCCGAGACCCCCGCGGUGACGGCCUUCACUUUUCUGCAACUCUACUAUUCGGCUCUGAGUGCCGUGUGUUGCGAUGAGGGGAUAGAGUUUCCGAGCGUCAUGAAGCUGGAAGCUCAUCUGAAAGCCUGCCUGUGUCGACUUGUUUUCUCCAAAGCGAAAUCGUCUACGCUGGCCCUCGCCCUCGUCGCCCACGAGUUUGGGAACCUGCCGUGUAGCGCUGUGUCCAAAAUGCUGCAGCACCUGCAAAGACUCACUAAGGUGAGCAACGGCGAUCUGCGCCUGUGGCGGAACCUGGUGGCCACACGCAUGACAGAGUACCGCUCAGCUCGGUGCCACAAGCCCGACGGCAGGAAGCUGGUGUGGGUGUUGUCUAAAAGAACAGCGCAGAGUCUGCACGCUGCCCACUGCACCGCCUCCCGCCUGCCCACCAUACCUGAGGAUGCCUGGGACCACCGACUAAGUGAGGAAGAAACGAGUAGCAGCGAAGACAGUCCGUGCGGCUCCCUGGGCAGCGUUGGUGAAGGGUCCUUCUUCCCCGCCUACUAUUCGUGACUUUCAUUAACUUUGACUUGCUUCAUACUUAGCAUACUACUCUCAUCUUAAAAAAAAAUCUCAUCUUGCUAUUGUUAGCUAUCAUCAUGUGCUAUGCAAGCAAUAUGUGCAUUUUGUAUAUUAAUGUAACAUUCUAAUGUGAAAAUACCUGAUUGAAUAUGCUGCUGUGUUAUGAAAGCUUUUAUUAUUUUUUACUAAGAUAAUUUUACUGAAAAAACAGAACACCUAAAAAAGAUGGUGAAAAGUUGUAUUUGAAUUUAUCACAAAAAGAAGGAGUACAGGUUUACAGCAUUAUUGUCAGUCACUGUAUAAUUAUGUGGCUGGAACAGUAACACUGCACUUACAUAUAGAAGAAUGAAAAACUAAUAAAUUAAUAAACGUGCUUCAUGUAAAUGCUGAAUAAAAAUUCUACCUAACGAAAGGUUUGAAAGGAGUUCUAAAAUAUGAAAGGCAAAUGUAAUGUACUUACACGCUAAAUAUACCUGAGCUGGAUUAAAAAAAAUAAUAAUUGAAGGCAAUGUA